AUGCGAUUCUCGACUCUCUCCGCUGUCAUCAUGGCCAAUGCCAUGGGCGCGCUCGCCAUCGAGUCCCUCUCCGAGUCGGUCAAGGACUUCCCCCAGUGCUCCUAUUCGGCCUUCAAGAACGCCCUCAGCAAGGAGGGCUGCGAUGUCAAGAAUAUUGGAGCCGGGACGUUUGACUGCCUUUGCAAGCACCUGCAAAGCAUCGUCGUGACCAUGGUCACGUCCAAACUCGACGCCAACUGCCAGGCCAACUGGAGCCAGGCUUUGACUGGAGUGUGCGCGCAGUGGGAGCUGGCUAGCACGACUGCUACCGACUUCCCGGAGGCCACCAAGGCUCUCGCGUCUGAGCUCGGCGCGGCUGGUGCUGUUGCUACCAGCACCGGAUCUGCUGCCAGCAGCGGCUCAACCGCAGGCGCGGCUUCGACGUCGUCAUCCAAGGGACCUGCUGCCGCCGCAACUCCUGUGAUGGGUCUUCUUGGUGCGGCUGCCCUGGCGGGUAUGUUGGUGUAA